AAAACACCCGUCGCAAACCACAUCGCCAUGUCGAAUCUUUUGGCCCAGAGCUGCCUCCGGCAGUUUGCGCGAGGCUCCUUGGGAGCGGGUGCUGCUGCUGCUCGUUCUGGAGCUGCGUUCGCUCUCCCUCUCCGGACACAAUCUUUCUCGACCACUUCCCCGACGCAAUCACGAAAGGGCGGUGCCCCGAUCACAGUGCCUCCGGAGGUAUCGCUGAAGUUCAUCGAUCUCCCUGUCGUUGCCGCCAGAGGAAACGCCCAAGAAGCCCCCAAAGUUGCCAUCGAGGUGAAGGGACCUCUUGGUGAAUUGACUCUGCGAAUCCCCCCCUUCGUCACCGUCGAACACGAUGAGGCCCUCCGGAAGGCUACGCUCUCGGUCCAGGAUGCCGAGAUCAAACACCAGCGUGCUAUGUGGGGAACCAUGCGCGCACAUCUACAGAACUACAUUCUCGGAGUAUCGGAAGGCCACAUCUGUAUUUUGAGUAUGGUCGGUGUUGGUUACAGAGCCAUGAUCGAGUCGACGGCGACCACCGUCGAGCCCGAGUUCCCCGGUCAACAGUUCGUCUCCCUCAAGGUCGGAUACUCUCACCCGAUUGAACUCCCCAUCCCCAAGGGUGUCAAGGCCAGCACGCCGCAGCCGACUCGGAUCCUGCUUGAGAGCGUCGACAAGGAAGUCGUCACGCAGUUUGCGGCCGAGAUCCGCGAGUGGCGCAAGCCCGAGCCCUACAAGGGCAAGGGUAUCUUCGUCAACGGAGAGACCAUCAGAUUGAAGGCCAAGAAGAUUCGGUGAUCGUGUUUUGUUUAUACCUCUGUCUCUUUUACUGUAUGUAUAUGUAUAUCGGAGCAUGGUUCUCUGGGUUUCGCGAUUGGUCUUUUUGUUUGUGUGUGUGUGUGUGUACUUUUAGACGCAUCUAGCGUGGAUAUAGCUUGACAAGUUUAUGCAGCCAGAAAAAAAAAACAUCACAAAUUAUGCA